UUAAAGUUUCUUGCUUUGGAACUAGAGCAUCGACUUUCGUGGGAGAAGAAAGAAUGAGACCAAACAUAGUGUUAUUUGGAGAUUCAAUUACACAAGAAUCCUUUAGCUCGGGAGGCUGGGGUGCUUCUCUUGCUAACACCUACUCUCGCAAGGCCGAUGUUUUAGUUCGUGGGUAUGGUGGAUACAACACCAGAUGGGCUCUAUUUUUGUUGCAUCAUAUCUUCCCUCUUGACUCGAGUAAACCUCCUAUUGCUACCACAAUUUUCUUCGGGGCUAAUGAUGCAGCUCUCCUAGGGAGAACCGGAGAAAGGCAGCAUGUCCCCAUAGAAGAGUACAAGGACAACCUCAGAAAAAUGGUUGCCCAUUUGAAGGAAUGUUCACCCACCAUGCUUAUGGUUCUUAUAACUCCACCCCCUAUUGAUGAGGAAGGGCGUAUGGAAUAUGCACGAGCAACUUAUGGUGAGAAAGCAAUGAAAUUGCCAGAACGAACAAAUGAAAAUGCCGGAGUGUAUGCUAAAGGGUGUGUUGAAGUAGCUGGAGAACUGGGUAUCCGAUCCAUCAAUAUUUGGUCCAAGAUGCAGGAAACAGAUGGUUGGCAGAGAAAAUAUCUAAGAGAUGGAUUGCAUCUGACAGCAGAAGGCAAUGCGGUUGUGUCUGAAGAAGUUGUGACGGUUUUCAAGGAAGCAUGGCUUGACCCUGCAGAAAUGCCUUACGAUUUUCCUCACCACUCCGACAUCGAUGGCAACAACCCAGAAAAGGCUUUUCAGCAUAAAUGCUUGUAGCUUCCUUUGGUUCUUCCCCGCCCCUCACUCUAAUAUGGGAUAACAUUUUCACUUCUGAUGCUUCAUUUCAAUGUGUUCAUGAAAAAUUCACAAGCAUUAAUGUUGCAUUUACAUGUGUGUUACAAUUUACAUUUAAUACUUUUAUUCUGAAGGUUACAAAGAAAGUAUUAAAAGUUCAUUAAUUGUUUUAGUAUUUAAUUCUAGUUUCCC